AUGACAGUGUUCAGAGGCUUAGCACUAGUGCUCAUCCUUAGCUGCUUCUCCUCUUGUUGCCUCCCCAAUGUAUCCUCAGUUAUUACCCCCUCCGACUCCGAUGGCUUCCUCCAAUGCCUGUCGGAGAACAUACCUAGCGGGCUCAUCUACACUCAGGCCGCCAGCAACUUCAUCGACAUGCUGGUGUCCUCAGUCCGGAACCCCCGGCUGUUCAGCAACGCCAUGGUGAGGCCGCUCGGCAUCGUCACGCCCGUCGACGUAUCCCACGUGCAGGCUGCCGUGCGGUGUGGUCGCGCCAACGGCGUGCGCCUCCGCCGGCCCGGCGAGGUAUUCGGGGUCGUCGACCUGUCCAACCUCCGCGCCAUCACCGUGAGCGACGACGACGAGCGGCCGGUGCCCACGGCAUGGGUCGACUCCGGCGCCACGCUUGGGGAGCUCUACUACACCAUCGCCAAGAACAACUCGGAGAUGGCGUUCCCUGCCGGCAUCUGCCCCACCAUAGGCGUGGGCGGCCACUUCAGCGGCGGCGGGAUCGGCAUGAUGAUGCGCAGGUUCGGCCUGUCCAUAGACAACGUGCUCGACGCCAAGCUGGUCGACACCAGCGGCGACCUCGUCGACAGGGCCGCCAUGGGGGAGGAUCACUUCUGGGCCAUCCGGGGAGGCGGCGGCGAGAGCUUCGGCAUCGUGGUGUCGUGUGGAAGCGACCUCGUGCCAACGCUGAACAGCUCCUUCCCGGAGCUCGGCAUGACGAGCGCCGACUGCCUCGAGAUGACAUGGUUGCAGUCGGCGGCCUUCUUCAACUUCUGGAACCGCUACACGCCGGUGUAG